UUUUGCUAGGUUUCUAGCUGCACUCUGAAUAGAGUUGAAACCUCUACACUAGACCCGAAGAUAGAAAAGAGUACGUAAUCUUUCAGAAGCAGUUUGCCAGCCGUACGCGGAAAAUGAUAUCCAUUAAGACACUGUUGCAAUUGACUCAGAAAGUUACGGUAGAAGAUUGGAAAGUUUUCAAUGGGUCAGUCAGUCAGGAUUUGCCUAUUGAUAUAUACCUGCGCAUUCCAUGCGUUCGAUGUAAACCGACAUUCGAGUCGGUAGAUUUCGGGUAGAUAGCCGAUGCUCUGAUCGGUUGGGCCAAAGGGCUCGAAAGAGCAAACUAAUAAAGGAGACAUCAGUCGAAUCUGAACCAUCAACCUGACCAGUUCGCUUAGCGCAUCUUACCAACCGCAAAUCACAUUACCCCGUUUCGAGUUCCUAUAACGUGUCGUUGAGUUCCACCGGGUCGGUCUGUUUCGUUUAAGAAACCGCUAACAGAAAAGUGUCGACGAGGAAAACCAUUCAAUUACGCGUGCGUAGUUAAAAACGGUAGUGCAAAUUUUGUUCUAGUGCCCGUCGAGAAGCAGCCACAUCUGUACCGAAGCGAAGCCAUCUUUUAUUGCUGGUUACACGUCACGGACGGGAAGAAUCGUAGGAGCAGCAGGUCCAAGAAAUAGUCACCCUUGCGGUUCGUUUUCGAAAGAGGAAACCCGUAAGUACGGCCGUACCACCAAAAACGCUACGAAAAAGGUAAAAAUUAUAGAGAAUAGCGGUGGUAACAUUAUUACGCCAUAUUUUGUCGGUGGCGUCGUUUUGACACUAUAGAAAUCGAAAAGGCCUUUUCGUCUUUGUGUGGGGAGCAGAAGAAUAGGGUGAAUCAAAAAAAAAAAAAAAGUUUUUGGCUUUGUUUUAAAGUUUCCUUUUUUUUUCUUUUGCGGAAUCACAAAAAAAGGAGUAGGCGACGAUCUCGACGGUGAAUAGCUGAACUGGUUCCUGGAGACAUCCGAAGGACGGUACCAAACGGAACAGGAUUGGUCAUUCGGGAAUUGCUCCAAUAGCUAUUGAAAUUUGGAAGCGCCGAUCCACGUUUGGGAAUCCGUUUUGGAUCAAGCCCACAGCCGUUGACUAGCUUUGUAGGGUGAGUCGUUUUAAUCUUUUUCUUCUGAUUGACGAACAUUUAACCACAAUAUAAUGCAAAUUUGAAGUAGUGUAACUGGUGAAUCUAAAAGGAUUUUUUCGUUUAUUCUUUGUUUCAUUUUGACUUUUAUUUGAAUUACUUGAAUUUUAAACGUGUAUGCCCCUCAAUUGUACAAUAUUACCUAUUUCGUGAUUGUGAAUGAAUGAAUUGAAUGCCUUUUGUGUAUUGGGCAUUGUGUAUUGAAUUGAAUUACAUUAUUGACUUGUAUUGAAUCACUGCUGACGCUCUCUUCGGCACAUUUUGAAAUCUUGGUGACAUUUUGAAUUCUUUUGUGAACUGUAUUGUAUUCCAUUGGGCGUUUUUCAUCCGGCAUAAUACCUCGGGGUUUUCUUUUAUUGUUGGAAUACCCUUUUGAUUAGUAUUUUUAGUUUCGAUCGCACAAUGAGCUCCAGCGUAGCCUUUACUUUGGAACCCUAUCGCAAGGGUACAUCCUUCAAUGAUUGGUUUACCCGGAUGAAGUAUUUAUUCCGGGUGAAUAAAAUUAAGGACGAGGAAAAAAUGGCCUACUUUAUAACCAUGAGUGGCCCAGUGAUUUUUGCUGAAAUCAAGCUUCUAUACCCCACGGGGGAUUUUGAAAAAGCAGCACUGGACGAUAUCGUAAAUAAACUUAAAAAUCGCCUGGAUAAAACUGAUCCGGAUCUGGUACAGAGGUACAAAUUUAGUACCCGUGUACAAAAUCCAGAUGAAACUACAGAGGAUUUCAUUUUAAAUUUAAAACUGCAAGCCGAGUUUUGCGGGUUUGAAAACUUUAAAGAGGUGGCCAUUUUGGAUCGUUUAAUCGCCGGUAUCAAGGACAAGAACCUUAGGCAACGAUUGUUAAGCGAAGACAAAUUAUCCUUAGCUAAUGCCGAAAAGAUUGUAACAACAUGGGAGGUGGCUCGCGCAAAUUCCGGAGCCACCGACCAUGCAAACUUUGGGCAACAUGGUAUGGUUGCCGCGGUUAACGAUAGAGCAAAUACGAUACAGGGUACAGCGGGGCGAAAAUUAUCUCAAGUUUACAAUUGGUCGAUGAAAUAUCAAGGGGUUGGAGGUAAUGCCAGCGGUCAUAACAAUAGAGGUCCAGUUAAGAGUCGAUUAGGAUUCAGUCCACAGCUGAACCGAGGAGGACGGAUGGCCGAAGCGAGCAACUUCCAAUCACCGGACGGACAGCGUAGAGGGUAUCGCCAGUGGCCGCGACCGGACUAUUCUAACAUCACCUGCAACUUUUGCGGAAUCAAGGGCCAUAUAAGGAAGAAGUGCUUCAAAUUGAAAAAUUUAAACCGCGACGCGGUGAAUCUGGUGGACUCAUAUAGGCCCGGGCCGUCAGCACACUAAGAUUCUGAUUUUCCAGCUCAGUAAAAUUUUCGCUGAGUUCUGUAUUUUUUUCAUCUUUUUACUGAGUUUUCAACAGCAGAUUUAACUCGGUACACUCUGUAAUCAAUAUUUACCGUCCAUCAGUAACGAUAUUUACCGUUCAUCUGUAAUUUUUGACAGUUCAUUUGCAGAACUCGUUAAAUCAUUUACAGAGUAUUCAGCAAAAGAGAUAACCGAGCGUACCGAGUUAAAUCUGCUGUUGAGAACUCAGUAAAAAGAUGGGAAAAAUACCGAGCUGAUCUUAGUGUGAGCGGACAGGCACAUUUCGGAAUUGCUGGAACGGAUGAGAACCAACGACGACGAUGACGAAAGCGAGGAUAGUGAUUCAGGUAAUCUACAGUGUAUGUACGUGUCCUCCAUAAACAAGAUUAGUAAUCCAUGCUUAGUACAAGUUGAUAUUGAGGGUAAAUUCCUAGAAAUGGAGGUGGAUUGUGGGGCAUCGGUAUCCGUUAUUAGCAAGAGGCGAUACUUGUCGAAAUUUGACAAUCCCUUGCGUAAAUAUAGCGAACCAUUGAUGGUAGUAAACGGAAAUAGAUUGAAGAUCGAAGGAGAAGCAACUGUUUCAGUUAAAUACAAUAACACAGAGGCUCUAAUGCAGCUUUUAGUUUUGGACUGCGAAAAUGAUUUUUAUCCACUAUUUGGUCGAACUUGGCUGGACACAUUUUAUCCCAAUUGGAGGCAAUUUUUCAAAAACACACUGCCGAUAAAUAGCAUAUGCAAAAGCGCUGUUGAAAUUGGAAUUGAUGAGUUAAAAAGCAAAUUUAAAAAUGUUUUUACAAAAGAUUUUUCUUCGCCAAUUCAUGGGUUUAAAGCGGAAUUGGUUAUGAAGGAUGAAACGCCUAUAUUUAAGAAGGCGUACAACGUUCCUUACAGACUGAAGGAUAAAGUUUCUGUGUAUUUGGAUAAGUUGGAAAAAGAAAAAGUUAUAACUCCUAUUGAUACGAGUGAAUGGGCUUCCCCAAUAAUUAUAGUAAUAAAAAAGAAUGACGAGAUUCGUUUAGUUAUCGAUUGCAAAGUGUCGCUUAAUAAAUCUAUUGUUCCAAAUACCUAUCCAUUACCAACACCACAAGACAUAUUCGCAAAUUUAGCAGACUGCAAAGUAUUCUGCGCCCUUGACCUUGAAGGUGCAUAUACACAGCUAGAGUUGACAGAGAGAUCUAAAAGGUUUGUGAUAAUAAAUACGAUGAAAGGUUUAUAUAAAUAUAACAGACUACCACAGGGAGCUUCGUCUAGUGCCGCAAUUUUCCAGCAGGUCAUGGAUAAAGUACUGGAAGGAAUAGAACAUGUAUCAUGCUAUUUAGAUGACGUUCUGAUUGCUGGAAAAACGGUUGAAGAGUGCAGAUCGAAGCUUUUGUUAGUAUUAGAUCGUUUAGCUAAUGCUAAUAUAAAAGUUAACUUUGAGAAGUGCAAAUUUUUUGUAUCUGAACUCACUCAUUUGGGGCACAUCAUUAGCGAUAAAGGGCUCAGACCUUGCCCUGACAAAAUUUCAACGAUUGAGAAAGCAAAUGCUCCGAAAAAUGAGUCAGAGUUAAAGUCAUUUUUGGGGUUGUUAAACUAUUAUCACCGGUUUAUACCGAACUUAUCUUCUAAGUUAUUUCCAUUAUACAAUUUGUUGAAAAAUAACGUAAAGUUCGUCUGGGACGACAACUGCCAGAAAGCCUUUGUUGAGAGUAAAAAUUUGCUAAUUGAAACAGAUUUUCUAGAGUUCUACGACCCAAAGAAACCCAUGGUAGUAAUCUCAGACGCUUCAAGCUACGGUUUAGGAGGCUUAAUAGCUCACGUGGUAGAUAAUACGGAAAAGCCGAUAUGCUUUACAUCAUUUUCGUUGAAUCCUGCCCAGAGGAAAUACCCCAUUUUACAUUUAGAGGCUUUGGCUUUGGUUUGCACCAUAAAAAAAUUCCACAAAUAUCUCUACGGACAACAUUUUACAGUAUAUACGGAUCACAAACCUUUGGUGGGAAUUUUCGGUAAAGAGGGUAGAAAUUCGAUUUAUGUGACAAGGCUGCAACGUUUCGUUUUGGAUUUAGCAAUAUAUGACUUCAACAUUAUUUACAGACCCUCACAUAAAUUGGGGAAUGCGGAUUUUUGUUCGAGAUUCCCUUUACAACAAGCCGUCCCAGAAAAUUUAGACAUUGAUGUAAUCAAGAGUAUAAAUUUUAGUACAGAUAUACCUAUAGAUUCAAAACUGAUCGCUAAUGCAACAAAGGAGGAUGAAUUUUUACAAACAAUUAAGUCAUUCAUGUUAAAAGGCUGGCCAGAAAGGGUUGACAGAAAGUUCACAGAUGUUUUUUCGAAUUACGUUGAUUUAGAAUUAGUAGACGACUGUCUUCUUUUUAGGGACAGAGUAAUUAUUCCGGAAGUAUUCCAAAAGAAAAUUUUAAAACUAUUGCAUGCUAAUCAUGCGGGAAUUGUCAAAAUGAAGCAAUUAGCUCGGAAUACCGUGUAUUGGUUCGGCAUAAAUGCCGACAUUGAGAAAUAUGUGGAAAGUUGUGAUGCAUGCAAUAGUAUGGCUAUAGUUCGGAAACCUAAGGAAUCUUCCAUUUGGACACCAACUACGAGGCCUUUUAGUAGAAUCCAUAUAGAUUUUUUCUUUUUUGAACACCGUACCUUUUUGUUAAUUGUCGAUAGCUUUUCUAAAUGGAUUGAGGUAGAAUACAUGCGAAAUGGUACGGAUUGUAACAAAGUAUUAAAAAAAAUGGUGGCAUUCUUUGCAAGAUUUGGGCUGCCGGACGUUUUGGUGUCGGACAAUGGUCCACCUUUCAACUCCUGGGGCUUUGUUAACUUCCUUGAAAGACAAGGAAUAAAAGUUAUGAAAAGCCCACCAUAUAAUCCUUCUAGUAACGGUCAAGCGGAAAGAUUAGUCAGAACAGUUAAGGAAGUUCUAAGGAGGUUUCUAAUGGACCCAAACAUUUCGGAGUUGGAUCUGGAAGACCAGAUAAACUUGUUUUUAUUUAACUUUAGAAAUAAUAAUAUGACGAAAGAGGGAUACUUCCCCUCGGGAAAAAUUUUCUCCUUCAAACCAAAGACAAUUUUAGACUUAGUUAAUCCGAGAAAUCAUUAUAAAAAAUAUAUGGUAGAGCCACAAUUACAUGAUGAGGUCCAUGAUAAGCAGCAAAGCGGGCAUGUUCCGGAUGAUUCGAGAGAUGCUUUGGACAAUCUGAUGCCAGGGGACGAGGUGUGGUAUGCGAACCACAAUCCCCACCAUAAGGCAAGAUGGAUAAAAGCCACAUUCAUAAAAAAAUUUUCUCGCAAUGUUUUUCAGAUAUGCGUUGGAAACGUGGAAACAAUGGCGCACAAAACUCAAAUCCGGAUCAGUAAGACCAACACAACCUGGCAAAGGCCGAACGUUUUGGUUCGAAGGGAGGAUGGAGAUGGACAGGAUAGCGUAUUGAGGAUCCCCGAUGUUGAGCCGCUGGAUGAAGAGCAUGAACCCGAGGCUCCAAGGGGAGGCAGAAAACGUAGGCGCCCAGUUUCCUCGUGUGAUCCAGUUGAGCUUCGUAGGUCAAAGCGCUCUCGGAAAUCGAACCGUAAAGACGAUUAUUAUUAUAUUUGAAUUUUCGGAGUUAUAAGUUAAGUUUAAAUUGAAUUCAGAUUUUUAGCUAGUUGUUUUAUAUAAAGCUUUCGGAUAGUCAAGUUCAGAAUUGAUUUGGAAAUGUUUUUAACUAGUUGUUACUUGGUUAAAUUUAAAACGAGUGUUAUAAAGAAAUCUCCGAAAGGGGGAAGGAUUGAUAUAUACCUGCGCAUUCCAUGCGUUCGAUGUAAACCGACAUUCGAGUCGGUAGAUUUCGGGUAGAUAGCCGAUGCUCUGAUCGGUUGGGCCAAAGGGCUCGAAAGAGCAAACUAAUAAAGGAGACAUCAGUCGAAUCUGAACCAUCAACCUGACCAGUUCACUUAGCGCAUCUUACCAACCGCAAAUCACAUUACCCCGUUUCGAGUUCCUAUAACGUGUCGUUGAGUUCCACCGGGUCGGUCUGUUUCGUUUAAGAAA